CUCAUUUUCAAUUACCAUUAAUUUAAAAUCCAAAUUAUAUCAAUAAAAAAUUCGUGAGCAGUGACAGUCCGCCAUAGCUCCAUAGCAAUUCGCAGUGAGGAAUCAAGAUCACGCCGGCGAAUUUGAUACAAAGCUCUCUCCGCCGCAAUCUUCGCCUAAACGUCACUAUACUCUCACGCUUUUCUACCUUAACAGCUUGAGCAACUACUAGGAGCUGGAUUUGAGAUAUGAUUAUAGCUGUGGCGGUAUUGAUUUUGGGUGUCUUCUUGGCGGCUUUUAUUUUGAUCCCGCGACACGGUCAUGCAAAAAAGAUCCAGUCAAAUGUUAGUAACAAUAGUAAGGAAUCAAAAGUAUACACUAAAGCAGAAGUAGCUCUGCAUAAUAAGAGAACAGAUUGUUGGAUAAUCAUCAAGGACAGGGUGUAUGAUGUUACCUCAUAUGUGGAGGAACACCCUGGUGGUGACGCCAUUCUAAAUCAUGCUGGGGAUGAUUCAACUGAAGGGUUUUAUGGGCCACAGCAUGCAACCCGUGUUUUUGACAUGAUCGAUGACUUCUGCAUUGGAGAGCUGAAGCAGUAAGAUUAUAAUGACUUUCGAGUAGUAAAAAGUUAACAAACAACAUUUAUUUUGUGUUGGCUUUUCUUAUUCGAUGUAGCAUUACUUCUUUACUUGGCUUAUGUUUUUCCAUUCAGACCCAACAAUUGUUUAUUCUUAAAAAGCUUGUACUGUCUGGAAUAAAUGACUCCCACAAAAUAAUGUGAAAUUCAUACGUAAAUCUAGAUUUUUAUGUUUAUAAAAUAUAGAAACAUAUAGAUUUGCUGAUUAAUUUCACAUUCUUUUUUGGCAUUCAUUUGUUUGAGACAGUCUUAUAGAUACAUGGAAUU